AUGGCAGAGGUUGUCCCUGACGAUAUCCUUGAGAAGAUAUUCUUAAGAUUGGAAGUGAAGGAUAUUAUACAGUGCAAGAGCGUUUGUAAGUCAUGGUUUUCUGUCAUCUCUAGUUCUGGUUUUAUCAACUCCCAUCUGAAACAUAAUUAUAAUAAUACCACUCAACGUACGAGGAUCAGUAUAGGGGAUGAUGGGUAUAAUAAUCUGGUUGGUUCUUCCAAUGGCCUUGUAUGCAUAUUUAAUUCCGGCCCUAAACUUUGUGUACUCAAUCCCUGCUUAGCUGGUAUCUUAUGCAAUGGAUCACUUCACUGGCUGAUGCGUGAUCAAAAUCACAAUACAGUAAUACUUUCUUUUCAUUUAUCUAAAGAGGAAUUCAAAGAAAUUCCCACUCCAGCUCAUCACAGAUGUGAGUAUUCCCGGUUGGGGAUUAUUCAAGAAUGUUUAUGCAUAUGUGGUUAUUCCAAUCGUGACCAUCUAAUGAAAAACUACGAUGACAAACAGUCUUGGGAAUUGCUGCCGCCUCUUCCCCAAUGGGAUAGGAUAUUAUACAAGAUGUGGAAGUAUUAA